GUUUACCCUACGCGCUUGUUUAGUGAUCUUAGAGCGAUAUUUCGAUAUUAAUCCCCGGUGGGAGGAGAGCGACGAUCAGCCAAGAUGCCGCGGUGCUACAUGGUAAAGAAGGCCUUGUGCAACAAGUACAUAACCAGCGUUGCCAGAGGAUUCGAGAGCUGGGGCCGCGGAAGGAGCACGCCAUCGCCAACCACCAUGCAGCUGCCCGUCUCGCCCGUAGAGGGGUGCGUUGCACCCCCUGUUGCGCAAGCAGAAUGUCGCAACACGCAAUCAAAAGACACAACGGCCGUCGCGACUUCCGCCGUGGCCGAUGCAGCCCACCCCUCGAAGGAACAACCGAGCGACGCGAACACGUUGCCUGCUGUCAUCGUCGCGACAACGGCGACGAUGAGCGCACCGUCGUCGUCCGUCAUCACGAUGACACCCGCGACCGACUACUCGAUGACGACGCGAAUGGAGACGACCGUUGUGAUCGCGUGCACCACCACGACGUCUCUGACGACUCUGUCUCCGCCAGAAACGAUCGUCUCUCCCGUCGAGGAGGCUACAACGACGACGACGACGACGACGACGACGACGGUGACGUCUUUACCUCCGUCGGGCGUGCGAACGACUCCCGAGAGACUCGAGGAGGCCACGUCGGCGUCUAUCGUGUCGCUACACCAUUCACCAUCCACCGGAGAACCGUCUCCGCCGUCCAGCACGUCGACGUCCUAUCACCUGGAGGAUCCUCCGGAGCAUUCGAGAUCAUCCGAUUCUAGGAUACGAUUGGUUACCACGUCCUGCGGCAUGCCCAUGUCGUCCAUGUUUAAAGAUCGCUCCGCGGCGGAGACGGAGGCGGCGCACGAUCUUCUAGAGCUCUCCCGAUCGCUACCCCCGUUGCCACCGCCGAGCGUCGCGAUCGGUCCUCAAAACGUGAUCGAAACGCCGGCGACUGACGUUCAGGAGAUGACGGUCUACCAACCGGCCGAGCAACCGAUUUAUCAAGUCAACACGAUCGACUUGGCCAACUCGACCAUCUACGGCCAUCAGCAGCAACAGCAGCAGCAAUCCGCGGCCGCCGGGAUCAUUUACGAGUCCAGCGCGACCAUCGUGCCAUCCUCGGGUAGCGUUUUUAUACCUUUGUCACCGGUACAGGAAAUCCUGCUGACGUACAGCACAUCCACCAUACCGUGCACGUCAAUCGUCGCUCAACAGCCGCAGCAUCAGCCGCCGCCGCAGCAUCAGCAGCAACAGCAAUUACAGCUUCAGGAACAACCGUUGCAGCAGCAGCAACAGAUCGAAACGACGCCGCCGCUGACCCCACCGACUUCCGAAUGCAGCAGCGAUAUCGAAAACAGUAAUCCGAACUCGCAACCGACGCAGAGGGACAAAGAGGUGCAAACCAUCACGGAGCAGGCGGAGGGAGUGAAACCGGCCAGUUAUACGUACGACACGUUGCUCGUCUCGGAUGGCAGGUCGAAGAACAAGAAGAUGCCCGCCGUGCAGAAGAACCAGGAAACCGAACCGAUCGAGGCGCCCGAGACCUCCAAGACCGGUCGUUACGUGUGCUGCGAGUGUGGCAAGCAAUACGCGACCUCGUCGAAUCUGUCGCGGCACAAACAGACGCACCGCAGCAUCGACUCGCAAUCGGCCAAGAAGUGCAUCCACUGCGGCAAGGCGUACGUCAGCAUGCCCGCCCUGGCGAUGCACGUACUCACGCACAAGCUCACGCACAGCUGCGGCGUAUGCGGCAAGAUGUUCUCGCGGCCCUGGCUGCUGCAGGGUCAUCUGCGCAGCCACACCGGCGAGAAACCGUACGGAUGCGCCCACUGCGGCAAGGCGUUCGCCGAUCGCUCGAAUCUGCGGGCGCACAUGCAGACGCACUCGGCGGACAAGAACUACGAGUGUCCCAAGUGCCACAAGUCCUUCGCCCUCAAGUCGUACUUGAACAAACACCUGGAGUCGGCGUGCCAGCGCGAUAGCGACGAGAGCAACAACGACGUCGACGCGCCGUCAUAGGCUGUGCCGGGACGUAGAGCGAUCAGGUAGGUAGGUGGGUGUCUCAUUUACGGCGGCACGCUAGCUGAGUUCUCCUUUCCUUUCGAAGAUUGACAGAGAUCGAUUUCCGUGACGAAGAUCUAUCGUUUUCUGCCGAACGACAGUUCGCUUACGCCGGACGAUUGCUUCGCUUAAUUGCAUUCGCGACACAGUCUAAUAUUGUACAAUAGCGGCGGGGAGGGGAGAGGGGUUAAACCUGCUGACAUAUCACCCACGAUCGAUCACGACUAUUCUCACAUUUGGACCUAACAGCGCGCCCGAAAUAAAGCGCGCCGUGCUAACCGAUCAAUCCGCAAUUUGCAGCCGGUCGUGCACGACGUAAACAGAAGAUUGCAGCGCCGUCAUCACGUUGACUGGUAAAAAUAACAAAAAAAAUAAAAAAGAAGUAGUUUACUGCAUAGACAGUGCUUUUGCUCAUGGACCAAGAGGAAUAAAAAAAGGACGGAAGACGAACGAACGCACGGGAAGCCGCUACCUCUCAUCGCCAUGCGGAUGCGAUGGUUUCGAUUGGUUUCGAUUGUUUCGUACGGAAUUCGAGUUGAUCCGGGUCUAUCGUUGCGCUCGAUUGCGCCAGCAAGUCCUCACGCCGAAAAAAACUCGCGUUUGCGAAAUCAACUCAAAGUUAUUAUUAAUUCAACAUCAAUUUUAUGGCAUAUUGUCGCGUUUUGGAUCCUGUUGUCCCGGAUUUACCGUAAGAGCUCUGUUCGCUACUAGUCCAGGUCGAAUUGGAUCGGGGAGCUCGGUAAGCCAAGCGCGGUAAGAGAGAGAGAGAGGGAGGGGGGAGGAAGAGCUUCCAAUUAGUCGAUAAGAUUUUGCUUGAAAUUGCAGAAUGGGCUAAUGAUGACUUGCCGCCGUUGUCGAAUAGGAGCCUCGGCUCUUUUGUGCCUCAUAGACGACGAUCAGACGUCGAAUCACCGGUAACAUCCAAUUUCAACGGGUAUCUCUCGGUAAGCGCAAAGUGAUUCGAUUUACUCGCCGGCUUAAACGUCGCGAGUGGGCGGACGGGCGAAAAUCUCGGCUGCGCGGGAACGAGAAGGUAAUUGACAUAUCGGCGUCUUCGGAUCUCGCGCUCGUCUCUUCCUCUCUCGCGAGAAGAGGAGUUUCUCUGAAUAUUUCACCGCGCCACUUCUUUUGCUUCCCGGCACAUAUUCUUCGGGCUAUUCUCAGAAUCGUUUCUCCGAUUUUUCUCACCUCGAGACGCCAUGUGGAGAGGAGAGCCUCACAAAUUGCCACACGGACUCCGACAAGCGAGUAUCAUUACGAGUACGAGUAACGAGAAUCGAAAAGCUACACGGCGGUGCUACGUGAAAAUAAUGAUACAAAUGCGAGAUGAACGGAGACAUCUGAAAUUUGACUGUAUACGGUUUUGCUGAAGCUCUAAACAUUUUAGUUGGAUGCAGAUCUGAAAAUAAUUUUAUUAGACCAUCAAAAUAAUUAAUGGCUAGGUACUCGAGCAUGAACGAUGCGUAGAGAAAAAAAUGAAUCAACAGUCUAAUUGGAAAUAUCUUGUUAAUUCAAUAACAACAUUAAUGAAACAAAAAGAUAAAAAAUAAAGAUAAUAAUAAAUAUGUUGAAUGGAUAAGAUUUAGUUGAAUCAAUUGCACGUAUUGUUGACAGCUCCGUAAUUCGACGUUUAAUUGAAUCAAACUACGUUUUUAAUUUCACAUUACAGCAUUUUUUACAGCACGAAAGAGGUUUCUAUAUUUUAGGGAUCAGCUUGAGCGUUCUACAUACUUAUUUCGAUAAGCCAACGAGAUUAUUUUCAAAUCUGCAUCUAGCUAAAUUUUCAGACACUUCAGCAAAACUAAUCUUGCCGUGUGUUUUCGACAAAAUUCCAAAAGUAUUAAGUGAUCGCGACUGCGUCAGACUCGAGUACCUUCGUGCUGCGUAUCGCGUUGUCGAUUUGUUGACGAAUCAACGUGAUGCGUGCGUUUACAAAAUUUGAAAUUCUAUUGGCCAAGAGAGCACUCAACAUUCCUCUUUUUAAAAUUAUUAUUAUUAUUUUUUUUUUCUACCAUACCAUUUUUAUUCACUGUUGGAUGAUUUCGUCAACGUCGCAGUUUGCUCCAACUAGACCCUGAUUCAGGCGACUCUUUACCUUUCUUUCUUUAACAUCGAAGCCGGUACGGACGAAGAACCAAUUAAAUUGAAGUCAAACUCGAUGAAACUGGCCGUUUAGUUUUUCAUCGUCGAGGAACGAUAAAGUUUUUCGAUAAAGUUUCAUACAAAAUGCACCGCUUCAAUUUCUCAAUAAAACUCCGUACUCGCUCCUCCUUUAAAAAGGAGAACCGUUUCUCCGGCAAGACAUUAGCAUAUAUGCGUCGACAUGUGCCCGCACGCUCUCGACCGUUGAGAUCUUUUUAGCGCACAGAGAAACUCCUCUUCCACCGGUGAGAAGAUCUGUAUUUUGAUUCGCUAGUCAUUUUAGGUAAGUCUGCCGUGAAGAUACUUCGACAUAAAGUGAUAUCAAUAUUUCAAUAUGUUUGGGCGUCUUCUUGUCGAAGAUCGAUACGAUAACAUCGCAGAUGCAUCUCACUUCGUGAAUUCGUAAAAACGACGAAUCGAGACGCUCGCGGAAUGAGCAAGCGAUAAAGUCGAUCGUAGACGAAGUAGUGCAAUACCUUUCUCCUACGUAGCUUAUAAGAGCUCACUUUUUUCAUUCAGUCUUGCUCGACGAUAUAGGUUCGCUCGUUGCUCUCUUCCGAGGAAGGAAGGCCCUUAAAAAAAAAAAAUAAUAAUAUAUCUCUGUUAAUGUGAUCGGAAGAACGGUCUCUCGAAGCAUAAUUGGAAUUCGAAACGAAUGAUACACGUGCGUAUAAAUUUUUGGAAAGUUGAAUCGCCGAUUUAUAUUUUAAUUUAAGGGCGCAGCCCGAUAUAACUCUCUGCGCCGCGGAGCGAGCAUUCUCUCGUGCAUUUAAAUUUGCUCUCGCGCGAUUUUCGCCAGGAUCCUUAGCGUAACGCACGCGGAUGCUUGCGGAAAGUUUUCAUCAACAUUUCACGUAAACUGGGCCACCUGUUGAAUGCAGAAAUGACCAUUCGGUGGCAAAAGGGUCGGUCGUACUGCUCCCCUGAAUUAUGGAACACAUCAUUUCCUCGGUUGUUAAAAGCGCGAACAAGAUCGCGCGGUCAAUUGCAGCGUUUCAUCGAAAUUUAUCAAUGCUUUUUUCCCGGGGCUGCGAAAAUCGCGGCGAGAACGCGAGAGCGCGAGGUGUAUCGCGAUCUCUUUUAACUGGCAGAGACGUCUACAUCGUUUACAAUCGUUCCUAAUAGAGAUUCGGUUAUUUCUAAGGCAUUUAUUAAUUAUUUUAUUUUGAUUUUUUUUUUUUUAAUAUUUAAAUUGUGAUAAAGUUGUGAGAUUAUUUUCUAAAUGAGAUCUUUCCUCGCACGUUUGCGUUGUUAUCAAAGUUCCUAGAGGCUUUACGCAAAUUUAAGCUUUAACAUUUUUAGAUUUUAAUUUUUUUAAUGUUGCGUUAUGUACAUAUGUAUAUAUAUAUAUUAUUUACGCGCGUAGAACUUAAGAAAUCGAGUCGGAAUUACGGAAAUUGCUGUUUAAUUUAUUGUUGUUAAUUUAUUUUAUUUCGUAAUUCGAUUCGUUUUAACGAAUACUAGUCAUACGACGUCGAUUGCGGGAAGAAAAGACAAAUCCUCUCUUCCCUCUUUCAAAGCAUUAUAAUAAAACGUCUCAUGUAACGAGUGUACAUGUAGCGUGACAUACUAAAACUGAAUAUAUCGAGGGAGAUAAUACCAUUGCUUGGGAGGUAUUUUCGCGUGAAAGCUUCGAGCAAGAAGAAUGAAAAAAGUGAAUCGCACGCGAGUGCAUUUUAUAGAACGGUGUGCAAUCCACAACGUCAUACCAAAGAUAUGACCAAAAAAAGAAAAGGAGGAAAAAGGGAGCGGCAGAGAGUGAGAGAGAGAGAGAGAGAAAGAGAGGAGAGCAGGAGGGUGGAAUUAAGGGGAGAAGAAAAAGUACUUACGAUCUAGUCAACAAGUUGCGCUUGAAUUACAUCCUUUUUAUCUUAGUUGCCUAAGGCAGCCGCAUGUAUAAGUGAAGGGAAACCGACGCUUAUUCUUUCUCGUCGUAUAUUUUAUCUUACUUUCUUUCCCUCCCCUGCGCCGUCUAAAGCGUUUCUAAUAUAACUUAGAGAUAUUUUGGUACGGGAAACUUUAGCGACCGUGUGAGUGUGUGCGUGUGUGUAUGUGUGUGCGUGCGUGUGCGUGCGUGUGCGUGCGCGCGCGUGUGUAUGUGUGGGUGUGUGUGUGCGUGUUGUGUGUGUAAGACAUUAGCGGAGCGCGGAUCAAUUGUAUUUAAUUAAUUGAACGUAAUACGCGGUACACUUAUCGUUAACAGGAUUAACGCCCGGUUAAACGUGAGAGAGAGAGAGAGAGAGAGAAAGAGAGCUUUAGUGAUUUUUAGUUUAGUACAAACGUAUCAACACCAACGAGAGUAAUGCAUAUAGACAUCUCUCGAUCGCUGCUUUUCAGUAACGCUGCUGCCGUAAAAUUGCGGCGAUAAAAUAAAACGGGAGGAGAGCGGCCGCGUUUUUUUCCGGAAGUCUCCUGCUAACGACUCAUUUUCUCUUCCUCUCGGGAACGCAACGGCGCGGCGCGGUGCGGCGCGACGGCGGGCAGAUAACGCGUCGAGGCGCGCAUUGAAAUGUAAAAAUAAGAUAUGAGAGGCGCGGAAUAAAAUGCAACGUUACCAAUGCAAUAAAAUAAUAACCGCGAGAGGCGCUAACGAAAUUGGGACGCGGAAUGUGAAAGCAUGAAAUAACCCGAGAGCUGAAAAACGUAAAAUGAAUAUUCCCCCCCCCUCUGUUUUUAUAUAUAUAUAUGCAUUUACAUGUAUAUAUUAAAAAGCAGAUUGCGCAUCGACGCGACGCGCGUUAUCGUUUAUCGCGAGCUAAAUACACGUCCACGCGAGAGCUGAAACGAUUUCGCGAGAGUUAAAAGAGUAAAUCUCCGCAAAACGGGGAUUCAACCUACAUUUUUGCCCCGGACUCCUUUUAACGCUCGUAUUUUGUUUUUUACAUUUCGUGCCUCGUCGACCCUCCGUACGAAAAAUCGUCUCGCAAGAAGAAAGUAGAUCUUUAAUCCAUACGGGAAAAAAAAAAUCACGAAACACGCACGUAGUUCUGCAGCUCGGCCACGUUUUUUCGUAAUAUUUGAGAAUUAACUGUAGGCACUCGUCUCUUAUACUGUAUUACAAAAUACUCGACAGUCAAUCGAAUCUAUAAUUAAUAGUGUAAACGGUAGUCAAUAAUAGAGGAGAGAAGUGGUAUUACGAAGGAUGUGCACACAUGGUCCACGACCGCCCUGGUUGGGUCCCAAGCGAGUUCCGUCGAGGAUAUACGUGAACGUCGCGACGUAGUUUACAGUAGUUUUAGUAUCGCGAGAGCAAGAAAGGGCGACAAGAAACGGAACGAUGCUUCGCGGCACGAUUUCGCGCGCCUUGCGUAUAAUAAAAUGGUUUUUCCAACUUGAAACUUGCCGAUGCAACAAAGUACGGCCAGCGUGCUCGUGCAUCUCCGCUCUCGUUGUCGGCAAUCUCUCGUUUACGCGCUAAACUCUUCUUGAAAUCUAUAUCUAUUUACACUCUAAAUCGCAUCGUUCGUUUUACGUUAUUUUCGUAAAACUGACCCAGUAAACGCCAAGUUACAGUUACAUAAAUGUUAAGUGUAAGUUUCCAAUGUAACCUUUACGUAACACUCUCAUUACAUUGUUGAAUGGGAAAUUACCAAGUAACAUUUUAUGUAACUUUAUGUAACUUUGUGUUUGCUGGGGAAAUUAGUAAAAUUGAAUUGAAGUAAAUAAAUCAUUUCUCUUCACUUCUGCUCGAGAAAUUUUCCUUUUUUUUUUUUUCGCUUUGAUCCUGGCAACCAAGGCGUUCGCGAAAUCUUGCCGCGAAUUUGGCGCAAUUAGCGCACUCAACGAGAGUUACUCAACAGGGGCGAGAAGAAGGCGCACCCUGUUGUAACGAGGGGGCGAGCGAAUUGUCAAGAGAGUGAGAUCGCAGGCCACAGAACUGAUACACGUAAGCGCGAGAUAAAUGCGGGCAGUCGUUACUAUUUUUUGUAAUAUGCAAAUGAUUUUGAAGCCAGGCCCCAGGACGAUCAUGCCUCGUACGUUUCUCAGUCCGGGGAGGUAGUUCCUUGUCCGAAUCGCGUAUGUCGGACUUGGAACCGAGCGAAACCGACGGUGACUUCGCAAUCCGGCGCAUUCGUCUUGGCACAUUUCCGUUUUACGGAGGAAACGGAUGUGGCAUCUCUUCCAAACGAAUUAAUCCUUAUUCGAGCAACCGAACAAUUGUCAAAAAGCGGAAAGUCGCGCAUAUUAGAAGUAUUAUGCAAAAUUUAAAGAAAGCUUAUUUUAUAUAUAAUUAAAGUAAAACGUAUUAUUAAUUAUACAUAUAUAUAUAUAUACAUUAAUUAAUAUUUCGUAUGUCUAUAAAUGUAUGUGUUUUUAUACAACCGAAGAUCGCGCGGAGUUUCAUAAAGUCGAACAUUUAGUCGAACUUGGAAAACAAGUACGUUUCGUGAAUUGUGUAGCAGGCGUUGUGAACCGAUCGCCCAGUUUUAAUUGCGAAGGGAUACAUGCGUUCAUUUUGUUUUUCUCGAUCUUGCCGUUAACAUUGAACGAACAAUCGUGUUUGUAUUGAUCCUAUCUCUUUGUUCUUCGAAACUUUUUCGUGACGAUUGGGCGAUUGGAGUCAAACGACUGGAAAGGAGGGUGCACCCAAUAGGAAAACUGCAAGUAAACAAUAAUAAUUGAGGAAGGAAACUGAAUGGACGCGCAUUAAUAUAAAGACUCCCAAUUAAAGAGGACCAAGUUGCUAAACCGUUUCUAUGCCGCGCACGCGGCGGAUUUAACAGUCGUAGUAUAAUAUCGUUUUCGAGGUGAUAAGAAUCGUCAAUAUAAGCGAUAGAGCGAAUAACUCACUCAACCAAUUGAAUGUUAAUAUAUCGAAGAUAAAAAAAAAGAGAACAACGAAAAUGUGACAAGCAUUGUACACGUAAAUAUAAAUAAAAUACUUAUAGAGACAAAGCGCAUCCAUUAUAUAUAUAUAAAAAAAACUAUAUAUAUAUAUAGAUGUAUGUACACGUAUUAAUCGAUCGAAUCACACUGAAAUUCUGAAAAAACUGAGAACCGAUUAUUUUUAUUCGUUCAACGUGAUUUCGUAUUCGUCAUCUGUUUGAACGGAUCUCGCGAGAUCAACGCGACUCACAUUGCGUUUUUCGGUGAGAGAUAGGCUGCACUUUCAGUACUCUCGAUUUGAUAACGUACGCGUCGACUUUCCUCGACGUGUAGCUAAAGUUUAUUAAAAUUACUUUUGUGAUGAAUCAGGCUUGGCACCGAACGUUUCUUUCCUCGAAACGAUAGAAUUUCAAGUGGUUCCGCCGAUUAUUACACUUACCGAGUUUAUUAUAUUAGUUAGCAGAAAGAAAAGGGAGGAGAGAGAAAGAGAGAGGGAGGGAGAAGAGAACUAUUGCGGUAUGUUAAUGUGUUAAGAAGAUUCACGUGAAAACGUUUCGCGCACGCAUCUACGCGUGCAUUGCACAUGUAUGUACACGAACGUUCACGGAGAAGCAGGCAUGAUCACCGCUAAACCUGGCUUUUUGAAAAAAAAAAAAAAUGAGAGAGAAAGAGAUAGAGAUAGAAGAGAGAAAAUGCAUAAGGAAACACAUAGGGUUUAGAGUAGUGUGAUACAAGGUACGACAAAGCAAUAAUUUAGUGAUUGUACGAUAUACUUGAUUAGCGAAUUAGUGUUAAGUUAACGAUACUUUCGAAAUCUAUAAAUAUUUACUCGAUAAAUCGUAUAGUUUUGUAGAAACGCUGGGAAGAUUGCCAUUUCAGAUUAACACUGUCUUGGGAUCAAAGAUUUAGGAGAAAGAAAUAGCAAAACAAAAAAAAAGAAAAAAAAAGAGAGAACUGAUAGCUGGAAGCGAACGAGCAGAACCGCGAUAUAGUCCUUGGGAUCCGCGAGGAUCUAUUUUUUUUUUUUCCUUUUUCCCCGUCAACGGGAGACGAACGAAACGAGCGACUCAGUGAGCAAUUAAAAACUGAACGAGAAACAAACUGGGAUUUCAAGCACGUUGCUCGCGACUUUUUCUAACGGGACGAACUUCGAAAUAAUUAUACUCGUUCGCGAGUACGCGUAUAAUCUUACUGCGAAGAGAGCGAGUGUCGCCUUUAAAUUCCGAUAGCGCAACGUGAUGCUUUACGAAGAAGGAGCCAUCUUGUACUGGUGCCAAAUUUAUGCACGCCGAAAGAAAGAGUGUUGAGGAACGACAGGAAAGAGAGUGGAGAAACGUUCACCGAUUCAUGCCCGAAUAUGAUAAUCCGUAUCGCAGUGCAGCUUGUGUCGCUUAUGGUUCACGAUUUACGACAUUCACUUUUAUCCCCCCAAACGUUGCUGAUAUUCACAUAAUAGAAAUCGUCACUUAACGGACGAGACUGAAAGUGAUGCGAAUACAAAAGUGCUAUGCCAUCUUUUCGUCAUUUCCUACGCUGAAGGAAAAGAGUUUGGUAAUAAUAAUCGAGCUUUGGUGAAAUAAUUUUAAUUUAAUGUUUGAUCAAUGUAAUCAAAUAGUUAGCAACAUUUAUUAAUUAUAUUAAUAGUAAUCGGUUAUUAAACGGUUACUAAUUAUUUCGUUAUAUUGGUUGAAUAUUUAAUUGACACUAUUUCACUAAAGCUUUGUAACUAUCGUCUAGGCUUAAUUAUUAUUAUCGACUCUUUUUUUUUCAGAGUAAGAUAUUUGUUUUUGGAAGAACGGUACAACAAUCACAUUGGCUAUCGCGGUAUACCACGGCCUUUUAUUUGUGACAAUGUUCUCGUGGUAGUACGAACGAAAUCGCACAGAAAAUGAGGUUGCAGCGGCGCAAAGUUGUUUACUCCGAUCUGCCUAUGCCGAGCUUCUAAAUGAGGAAAAUACGAGAAAUUUAUUACGGCUCUCAGAAACUUGUAACCGUAUAAAUUCGUAAAACGUAAAUAAAAGUGAGAAAAUUCUUGAAUUUACAAGAGAAAACUCAUUUCUUUCGAAUUCGCAAGACGAGUUUAUAGAAUUUUUAGAAAGUAUACACUCAGCGACCUGUUAGCGUGCGAUUCGAUACGAAUAUUGUAAUUGAAGCUUACUUUUAAUAAUGUAUCAACUACUUCGACGGUCGUUCUACCGUUCUUAAACUUUGCAAAAGAAAAAAAAAUGAAAACAAUGAGCACAUGUAUAAGACACGUUUGCAAAUGCAUCGCAUUAAGAAACGUCGUCUGCGAAAUGUUCUUCCAAUAAAACACGUUGCGACAAAUGGCCGAAGUUUAUGGCGGAAGCUGAAGGAACUGUUUACGAGUAAAAGAAAUAAUACAGAAGUUAUAUCGAUUUUUCAGGUCAAUAGGUCAAGUUCUAUAAAUCUUUCGUGUUCCCGAUAGACAUCAUUCAACGUAGAAACGUAUAGAAUCAGUCCAUAUAUUUAUUUAUGGCAGUCGUUACCCCGAUAGGCACAUUUCGCUGAAAUGAUGCGCAAUAAGUUUUGUUGGAAUAAAAUUUUUGAAUGUUUGUCAAAAAUUAGAUAUUAUAGAUCAAAUUCAGAAAUUUGAAGUAUAAAUAUUUUACGAUUAUUUAGGAAACCAUUUAAUUUCUUUAUUUAAAAUUUUGCCACGAUGAAUGUGUGUAAUAUUUUAUAUUGCAAUAUUUCUACAUUAUAAUCUAGAAAUAUUAUGCAUGUUUAUUACAAGCAUGUAUAUAGAUUAAUUAUAUUUUUAAAUGUUUUAUACAUAAUACAGCACAAAUAUUUUUUCAGUCAAUUUAUUUUUCAAAUUUAACUUUGCAAAUAUAUCACUGAUAAGAUGAUUUGCCAUCAGUGUUUUGUAAAAAGUCAGAUACUUUUAUAUCUGGUUUUAUAAAUAUAUCUACAUAAUUACAGAUUAUAAUUUUUAUGCAAGAUUUCGUUAUAUAAUUUGAUAAAUGUCAUCCUAUCGGGGUAGUUGUCGAAAACCGACAAGAUUCAACAAUUAGAAAUCAGUAAAAUAUAAUAAUACUAUAUUAUAGUAUCAAAAUUGAUAUUGCGAUUUGGUAUGUGUAAUUUUUUCUCAAAACCUACAACGCGUGUGUAAACUCGGCGGACUCCCACUAAGAAUUCACGGCAUGUGUAAAGAAGGCAUGUAAAAGUGAUAGAGGAUGAAUUUGCCAAUUUUGGAACAAUGUAACACCAAACUUCAACUAGAAAUAUUGUACACGUCGCGCGUACUUUUUAAUGUCAAACCAAACUUUGUUAGUCAUUUAUAACGUCGUGUCGUUGCGCGCAUCUCUGUACACCUACACCGCCGAUAUACCUAUAAAUAAGAUUAACACGGAAGGAUUGUCAUUCGAAAGAAGACACUGUACUCAAUAUUUCCGGGCAAUUUUUUUCGCAGAUUCAGUACCUAUUACGAGCAAGAUCGAUUUCAGCGUCAAAUAGAGAUAGAUUCGAUCUAUCUGAAAAAAGAUAAUCGCACACAAUCGUAUCUCAAAUAACAAAGGUGCCUAAAAAGAUUCUCUAAUUCUUCUCAGGCACUUCAGUCGUAUCUCAAAAUUUCGCAUCGUUUGGGAUAUGUCUCAUCAAUGAAUUAACGGCGAUUAAACUUUGCAAAAACUUGUCGAAUUGAUUAUCACACAUUCGGUUUUUCGCGCAUCAGGUACUGAAUCGUGCGUACCCGCGGAAGAAACGCGAGAAAAUGACUCGCUUGGAUUCCAAGAGUGUAGGCUAAAGCAUUUUAGCGGGCGACGACAAACGCGUUCACGACCAACAUACGUGUGUGAACCACGAAUAAAAUAGCGGCGGAUACCUUUUACAAAUUUUUCGUAGCGCAAGCCGCGGCAAACUCCGGUCGCCGCGAUGUCGACGAAAGCAAUUUUACAUAAUAUUUACAGCGGUGUGCGAUAAACAGCACACGUCACACAUAAAUUAAUUCGUAUCCAGUAAUGUAAUGCAGAAGCCGAUGUUACUGACAUGUUUCUUAUCAAUAAACUAAACC